UGUGUUGACAACAACGUAAACUAUACAUGAUUAAUAGAAGUCUAUGUUCAACUCAACAUCGUUCAAAACAAACACCAUCACUUACUCUCUUCAAACUCCACCAACCACAACAACCAUGGACCUCUCUCUCAGUCUCAACACAACACUCCCAUUUGGAUCACAAAACCAUAAUCCACUCAAUCACUAUCAUCAUAAUCCAAUUUCCAUUUCAAUCAAACUCAAGAAAUUACCAAUAUUGAGAUUGACCGCAAAGAAAAAGUCAAUGAUUGAUGGUAUUAGUGACGAUUUGAAUUCCAUAGCUUCUCUUAACCUUGAUUUUGCACCUUCUCGGAGACACGUUCGAGAGGCCUUCACUCAUGUGCAACACAAACUAGACCAUUUCUUAUUCAAGACUGCACCUUCUGGGAUCAGAACUCAAGAAUGGUAUGAAAGGAAUUCGAGAGGAUUGGAGAUUUUCUGCAAAAGUUGGAUGCCAAAAAACGGUGUUCCAAUCAAGGGAGCUUUGUUUUUCUGUCAUGGAUAUGGCAGUACUUGCACUUUCUUCUUUGAAGGUAUUGCUAGGAGAAUUGCUGCUUCUGGAUUUGGUGUUUAUGCGAUGGAUUUUGAGGGUUUCGGUUUAUCUGAAGGAUUGCAUGGUUAUGUACCGAGUUUCGAUGAUUUGGUCGACGAUGUUAUAGAAUACUCUACAAAAAUUAAAGCAAGACCUGAGGUGAGAGAUUUGCCGGGAUUUAUAUUCGGGCAGUCGAUGGGUGGAGCAAUUGCUCUUAAAGCUCAUUUGAAGCAACCUAAUGAUUGGGAUGGAGUCAUCCUUGUAGCACCAAUGUGUAAGAUUUCAAAAGGCAUGAUACCAUCAACUAUGGUUUUGAAUGUGCUAACUCUCUUGUCUAAAAUGAUGCCAAAGGCGAAACUAUUUCCUUAUAAGGAUCUAACCGAGCUGAUUAUACGAGAACCCGGGAAAAGAAAAUUUGCCGGUUACAAUGUUGUUUCUUACGAUGAUAAAACGCGAUUAAGAACCGGAAUGGAACUCUUGAGUGCAACUCAAGAUAUUGAGUCACAGUUAGAGAAGGUUUCAGCUCCAUUAUUGAUUCUUCAUGGAGCAGAAGAUAAGGUGACAGAUCCACUGGUGAGCCAAUUUCUUUAUGAGAAAGCUUGUAGCAAAGAUAAGACUCUAAAGAUAUAUGAAGGAGGUUACCAUGGCAUUUUGGAAGGUGAACCUGAUGAAAGAAUUUCUUCUGUUCAUGAUGAUAUUAUCUCAUGGCUUGAUUUUAGGUGUUGUAGAUGAUUGAGGUUGAUGGAAUGUAUUGCAAGAAUUUUAGUAUGGUAGUUAGUUGCAUAUAUGAUUUCGUAACUUUGAAUUGUAUACAUGUCAUGCUCCAAGAUGAGACUAAAGAGGAUAGGCACUAGUCCAAGUUUUUGGUUUGGAGAAUCAAUUUCAAAACAAAAGUCCAUUUGGCAAAAAUGAAGUUGACUUACUUUUUUAA